ACUCAUGAAUUAGGACUUCCUCCACAGGAAUAAUAAUAAACACACAGACGCUGGAGUCGACAUGGCGUGAAGUCGCUCGUAAGGUCUACAUCAGUAUUUUCACAGAGGGUCAGCCGGUAUGGCGGAUGGGGAGGAGGCCAUGAGCCAGGAGGACUGGAAGGAGAAGUGUAUGGUCCUGGAGGCUCUGCUCAUGAAGUUCAGAGUGCAGAUAAUCAAGAUUCGAGAACUCACCGCUGACAAAAUUCAACAACUGGAGACGCAGGUGAUCGAUGCAGAGAAACGGGCCUUCACUGCUCAUCAGCAGGUUCAGUGGAUGGAGGAGAAGCUGAAGGCUCCAGACGGUCAGUCGGGAGACUCGGAGGUGCGUUUGUUUCAGCGGUGCCAGGAGCUGCAGGCCCUGGUGCAGGAGAAGGAGGACGUCAUCGCCCAGCUGGAGCAGCAGCUUGAGGAGCAGAAACAGAUCCGACUUCAAGAUGCCAAAACAGUGGAGGAGAAAGCAGCGAAGAUCAAGGAGUGGGUGAUGCUGAAGUUGUCAGAGUUCGAGGUAGAGAACGCAGCAUUGAGAGAAACCAACAAGCAACAGGAGGCUCAGAUUCUGGAGCUACAGAAACAAGUGCAGGCCUUCGAGGAGAAGUGUGUCGGUGGACGAGUCCUGUGCAGACCGGGUGAGGCCCAUCGGCUCAGCAGCCUGACGUUCGGCUGUUUCCAGGUGAGAGGGAAGAACCCCCAGGUCCUCACCGGACCAGCACCCUCCCAGAGGACGCUCAGCCCCCAGGGAGAUACUGAGGGCAGAGAUGAAACUGGGAAGAAUAAGCAGACAGCCUCCUCAGAGAAAGACGGUGAAGUCCACAGACCAGACCAAACUGGACUUCUGUGUUCCCCUGUGGAGAAUGGCAGUACAGCUGAAGGCCCGGGUGAUAAUGCAUGUGGACCUGAGUCUCGGGGGGGCUCCUCUUCUCCCUCAGAGGGGCAAGGAGGAGGAGGACGAGCGGAGCGGCCCCGCUUCAGCCUGCUGGGACCAUCAGAUGGGACCCUGGGAGGGUGUAAGGAGGGGGAGGAGGAGGCGCACAGGGCCAAGCUGGAGGAAUGCACCUCUGAAGAGCUCAACAAACGAUUCCAGUCACAAAGACUUGACUCCUCGUCCUCUUCCAGCGAACCUAACACUCCCAGUCCCAUCCUCACACCAGCCCUCACUCCUAAACGACCCAACCCACCCCAGGACCCGAGGGACAACCCCGCCUCACCCAAACAGCCGCGCCUGCGGACCCCGGCAGGGUUCGGCUUGAUGAAUGUGUCUCUGGCCAAGAAACACCUGAGCCAGCCACCAAUCAGCACAGAGGCGGCACACGGACAGACGCGUAACGCCCUCAGCAUGCUGCGCCCCUUCCAGCCGCAGGAAACUGACCUCGACCAGGAGCAGGAGGUUGGCAUGGAGACCGGCAGGGACACACCUCCUCAAGCCCCUCCCAGCUCACAAGCUAUGCCCACCAUGCCUUCCUUGCAGGCCUCACAUGAACCUGGUACAGAGAUGAACCCAGAGAGGCGCGACUGUGACAUCUCCGCACCUGGCAGCAAACCUCCUACUCCACCUUUACACAGGCUGCCGUCCUGGGAGAGUCGUAUCUAUGCUGUGGCUAAAUCCGGAAUCAGACUGUCUGAGACCUCCUGUACCGACCCUGCCAGCAAAGACCCUUCCCUCCAGUCCUCCUAUCCUGCCUUUGUAAUGUACACAUCCCUCAUCUAUAAAAACAUGACUACACCAGUUUACACUACUCUGAAGGGGAAAGCCACUCUACUGAGCAGCAGUCCAUUCUCAGACGAGUCGUCCAGCUCCGAGGAGUCGUCCAGCUCAGGAGAGGAAGACGGCUCCUUCUGCAGCUCCCACACCUCAUCCAGCUCCCGCAAAGACAGCAGCCCCGGCAGCCCGCGCUCUCUCAAGAGAGCUGUGUCGAUGUCUUCGAUGACAUCAGAGAGCGACUACGCCAUCCCUCCUGAUGCCUACUCCACCGACACAGAGUGCUCCGAGCCAGAGCAGAAACUGCCCAAGACCUGCUCCUCAGCCAGCGACAACGGCAAGAGUGAGCCGAUGGAGAAGUCGGGCUACCUGCUGAAAAUGGUGAAGACCUGGAAGAAAACCUGGAAGAGACGCUGGUUCGUCCUCAAGGACGGAGAGCUGCUCUAUUACAAGUCACCUAGCGAUGUGAUCAGGAAACCUCAGGGUCAGAUCGAGGUCAACGCCACCAGCAGCAUCGCCCGUGGAGAGGGAAAACAAGUUCUCCAGAUAGUGACGGGGAAGCGUGUGUACUACCUGAAAGCUGAUUCCCCCAACCUGCUGGAGGAGUGGCUCAGGGUGCUGCUGAGCGUGCUGAGGGUGAAAGCUGCCAGUCCUCUCUUCACCCAGCCAGACAUUCGCCCUGGCAUGAAGGGGCUGCUCAUAAAGGUGAAGCACGGCUACUCUAAGCGGGUUUGGUGUGCUCUGAUCGGCAAAACGCUGUACUACUUCAGAAGCCAGGAGGACAAGUUCCCGCUGGGGCAGAUUAAGCUGUGGGAGGCCAAGGUGGAGGAGGUGGACAGGUCCCGGGAUUCAGAUGAUGACCUGAAGGCGUGUGGGCGGGGCUUACAGGCAGCAUCCUUCACCAUCGCUGUCCACCCACAGGAGCAAGGACCGACCUACCUGCUAAUCGAAUCCCGCCAUGAAAAGGAUUCGUGGCUGUACCAUCUGUCUGUGGCAGCAGGCACCACGGUGGGUAAAGUUGGCACCGAGUUCGAACAACUGGUGGGAAAACUUUUCCAGCUGGAUGGAGAUCCAAACUCUCAGAUCUGGAGACAUCCCAUGCUGUGUUUCAGUAAAGAGGCUUUGUCAUCUCCUCUCACCACGCUGCCCUCACAGGCCUUGCAGACAGAAGCUGUGAAACUCUUCAAGACUUGUCAGCUUUUCAUCAAUGUGGCCAUCGACGCCCCGGCUAUCGACUACCAUGUAUCGCUGGCCCAGAGUGCCUUGCAGGUGUGUCUGACCCACCCGGAGCUUCAGAACGAGUUCUUUUGCCAGCUCAUCAAGCAGACCCGCAGGAGGCAGCCACACGGUCAUCCAGGACCCCUGCAGGGCUGGCAGUUUCUGGCCUUGUGUGUUGGACUGUUUCUGCCUCAGCAUCCUUUCCUCUGGCUGCUCCAGGCUCACCUCAAAAGACACGGAGACUCCAGGACUGAGGUGGGUAAGUAUGCCAUCUACUGCCAGCGGUCCAUGGAGCGGACCCAGCAGAAGGGUGAGAGGCAGGCCAGGCCAUCCCGUAUGGAGAUCCUGUCUAUCCUGCUGAGGAAUCCCUAUCAUCACUCGCUGCCAUUCAGCGUCCCUGUUCACUUCCUCAACAACACCUACCAGGUGGUGAGUUUUGAUGCUUCAACCACAGUGGAUGACUUCCAGUGUCGCCUCAACCAGGACACCGGCAUGAGAAAAACUGGGCUUUCUGGUUUCAGCUUGUACACCGAUGAUCCUACUGGACGAGAGCUGGAACACUGUCUGCAAGGAGGCAUCAAGAUUUGUGACAUCAUCUCCAAAUGGGAGCAGGCCUGUAAGGAGCAGCACACUGGCAAGUCUGAAAACACCAGGACUGUACGUCUCACCUACAAGAACAGGCUGUACUUCUCUCUCCAGGUCAGGGGGGAGUCAGAGAGGGAGAGGAUGCUGCUGGCAUAUCAGACCAAUGAAGCCAUUGUCGCGGGACACUUUCCUGUCAACAAGGAACUGGCUCUGGAAAUGGCCGCCCUGCUUGCCCAGGUGGAGUAUGGGGAUUUUGAGCGUCCCUUCUCUGCUCCUGGGUCAGCCCAGACCAAGUCUAACCAAACCCUGAAACAGGUUCUGGAAAGAUUUUACCCUAAACAUUACCGCAGAACCACAUCUGAGGAGCAGCUCAGGCAACUGCUGCAGCGUCUCUCUGCCCGCUGGGCCUCACUCAGAGGUCGAAGUUCAUCUGAGUGCGUCAGGAUCUACCUGACCGUUGCCAGGAAGUGGCCGUUCUUUGGUGCCAAACUGUUUGAAGCAGAGUCUAUAACUUCCUCUCCAGAGCAGGACGUGCGUGUUUGGCUGGCGGUACAUGAGGAUGGUAUCAGCGUUCUGGAGCACAACUCUAUCAAACCAUUGGUGUCCCAUCCCUACAAGAACCUGAUGACGUUUGGAGGCUGCAAACAGGACUUCAUGCUGGUGGUGGGACAGAGCAGCGGAACCAACACCAGCAAAGACAAACCUACAGAGAAACAUCUGUUUGCUAUGGACACCUCCAAGAUCAGGGAAAUCACCCUCCUCAUAUCCGGUUACAUCAACAGUGCUCAUCAGCAGAAGGCCGCUGCCCACCACCUCUCUGCCCCGGCUCUGAUGGUGGCCCAGCCCGUCUGCCUGAAGAGCAAAGAGCUGAGGAGCAAAUCCCCACCAGCACAGGGACGCCCCAGCAAGACCCCUACGCUGCUGUGACAACAUGACAGUAUAACGCCCUGAUCUCUCUGAGAAAUACUCAUUUUGUUGAGCUGCCUUUUACCUUACUUCAAAUUGUAAACAAGGGACUUAUGUACAGCUGCAGUAGGACUCAAUCAUCUGUCAUAUAGUCUCACUGGGCCAGAUUCAUUUCUGGUGUGUGUAGUGGCCAGUACUCUGCUUACUGGAAGUGACAAAUACUAUCUCCCCUUGCAGCAGUUCACUGAUGGUCAUACAGGAUCAUUGGGAGUUGAUGUCCUACAGUUUUAAGCAGUCACUUCAUGAAAGGAUACUUCAUGCCUUUCUCAGAGAACACAUUAUGAGAUUUGGGCUUAAACUGGAGCUUUGAGCUUUAUAUUAAGGAACAAGGGUGUCUAGGAACAAAUAAGAAGCUUUACUGAACGUUCUCCAGGGACAUUUUUUGUCUCCCUGAUGAGUGUGUUGCUUUUAUGUUCUGACUCCAAAGAGAAAAGUCAAAAGUAUUUACUGACAAACUGAGCACUCUGAAACGUCUCAUUAAUCUAUGCAGUCUGAUACAUUUCCUAUGAUAAAGAUGCUGUUUGGAGUUAAUAUUUGUAUUUCCACCUUCAAAAAUAAUGCAGUCAUACACAAUAUAGAAGAGGUAAUGAUGCUUUAUGAAGGAAUAAUUUAGAGGGUAUUUUUUUUGUAUCUUUUUCUGCUCUCCUGUAGAGCACAGUGACUCUAUUGUUGUAUAAUGAAGGAUACUGAACAAUAUGAUGAAAGCAGGAGGCAAUAACAGGAAACCAACCACCUGCAGCUGAAGAAGCACUUCAAAAAGAGCAUGAACCAGCUGCAGUGAAAAUGUUUGUGUUUCUAUGCAACAGAUGUCAUAAAUGUAGAAUGGAUGAGCUAGUUUUGUUGAGAAAGACUGAACUUUAUAAGAGGAAACCAGUUUGUGUGCUCUUAGUUACUGAACAGCCAGGAGAGCGGUGAAACUUUAAUCGAGUUCAAACACUUGAACACAGUCUCUGGUGGAGUGAAUGACCAAAGUCAGCAUCAUGCCAACACUUCAUUUAGCAAACUAUUGUACGGUUAGGGUAUGGGAAGAGAAGUUGAGUCUGUAUUUAUGAAGUGUUACUCAGAGGAAGAUAGAAAGAGGAUGUGGAAAACGCUGAGAGAAUAGAUUGAUGGAAAUUUACAGUAGUUGUAGAGAAGAUCCUAAAGAGAACAAGGGUGUUUUCUUUUGUUUUCAUACCUUACCUGGUGCGACAAAGAAUAUGAAGGGAUUUUAAUGAAGCAGCAGGAUCAGAUAGAGUGACCCUUUUAACUUAAAGAUAAACUGGAAAAACAGAACAUUUUGUUGUGUAAGGUACUUUUAAAAAAUGAUUUUUCCUCCCAGUUUUGUCUUACGCCUGUAUACAGCGAGAAUUGUCAGGUAUUAUAUUUAUUUGUCUCAUGAAAUACAUUGUAUUUAAAUCAUCCUUGGAAUAAGUGAUAUAGUUAUUGUACAAGUCUAAAGCUUGAAUAAACUUAACUACAGCAAACUGAGUGACUGGUUUCUAGACUAUCUGCUCUUUUAUUGAUUGAGGUAAUAAACCUGCCCUCAGGGAAGCUAUCAAGAUCCAUAGAAACCAUAACAUCAGUCCCUCUACUGCCCCGUCCCUCAGAUUUGCCCUCCAGCUUCCUCAUUGGUGCUGACAUACUGAUACCUGCAACAGGUGCCUGACAGCAACCGACACACCCUCAUUCCUGUAGUCUUUCAGAGAGACGAG